UAUCAGUGAAGAAACUUCUGCCUCAUGUCGUUGUGCUGACAACCGGCCCGCGUUACGCAACAGCAACUUCACCCCCUGCUUCGACGCGAUUGGCUCGCUCGUGUGGCUGUCAUCCCGCACAACCAAUCGGAACCUGAACCUCGCGCCGGGCGGCUCGCGCCGGGCCAAUGGGGCCGCACUGACGUCACGGGCGAGAUAAAACGGCUUUCUCGUGACGCGCGCAGAAGUUCACAGGCGCCAUCUUACGCGCAGAGAAGACGAAGAAGAAGAAGAAGAAGGAGGACGACGACGACGACGACGGGCGGCGGCGGCAGGAACAGGAACCAACCGCCCGACGUCCUCACCGUGUCCCGGUGUGUCCCGGUGCCCGCGGGGAGUGGAUGGACUGCCUGCUGCUCGGCGGCCAUGCUGCAGUGACGGAGGCCGCCGCCGCAGCGCUCAGCUCAAAGAUGGAGGACGCGUGUCGCGAGUACCAGUCGUCGCUGGAGGACCUGACGUUCAACAGCAAGCCGCACAUCAACAUGCUGACCAUCCUGGCCGAGGAGAACCUCAACUUCGCCAAGGAUAUCGUCGCAAUUAUUGAAGCUCAAAUCAGCAAGGCCCCAGCUGCCGAGAAGCUUCCCGUUUUGUACUUAGUGGAUUCCAUAGUGAAGAAUGUUGGAGGAGAGUACCUUGCUGUGUUUGCUAAAAACCUAAUCACUUCAUUUAUAUGUGUCUUUGAAAAGGUGGAAGAAGUCACCAGGAAGAGUCUGUUCAAGUUGCGCUCCACGUGGGACGAGGUGUUCCCUCUGAAGAAGCUGUACGCGCUGGACGUGCGGGUCAACUCCGUGGACCCGGCGUGGCCCAUCAAGCAGCUGCCGCCCACCGUCAACGCCAGCGCCAGCAUACACGUCAACCCCAAGUUCUUGAAACAGUCUGAGGAUGCGUCCUCUCCACAGCCGGUCCCGUCCAAACCGCCUGCAGCAGCAGCAGCAGCAGCAGCAGCAGCAGCGCCGCCGCCUGCGCCCAAACCGCCUAUGCCUGCGCCGCCACCUGCUCCCCAGGCGACCCCCGCCGCUGCCGUCAGCAAGUCCACCGUGACGCAGGAGCAGCUGAUCCGGCAGCAGCUGCUGGCAAAACAGAAGCAGCUUCUGGAGCUGCAGCAGAAGAAGAUCGAGCUGGAGCUGGAGCAGACCAAGGCACAGCUGGCUGGUGGAUUUACGUUGACGACGCUGACUCCCGUCUCCACUUCGGCCCCGACCUCCAUUGCGCCGAAGCCCGUGGGCCAGACGGCCCCCGUGGUCCGACCCUGGAUCCCUCCCCAGACUCAGUCAGACACCAAGCCGUCCACCAGAGACCCCCGUCUGAACCGCAGCGGCCCCCCGUCCGCCGCCCAGCCCAAAGAACAGCCUGCUGGGAAAAAAGGGAGUCCCCUCGCGACGAGAAGUCCCGCUGUGACGCCCGAGAAGCGACUAUCGGAGAAAUCCGCCCGACUGGAUAAGGCCCGGGUCCCGAGGAGAGAGGCGCCGGAGGAGAAGCCCAAGCCCAAGUCUCCGUCUCCGAUGGCCAAAAGUGUCCAGAGCAAAAACAAACCGCCGGAGGUCGAGAGUCAAAGGUCGGCUGAUGGUCCGAAGAAAGAUCCCAGGUUGAAGAAACGGCCGCAGGACAAGAGUGGCGAGGCCAAAGACGACGAGGUGAGGGAGAAGAAGAGAUGCACCGAUAGGAAGGAGAGGGAAGAGCCGGCGGUGGCAGAGACGCACAGGUUCAACAAAGGAAAGCUGGCGAACGGCUUGGUGACCAAACACGAGCGCGAGGAGGCAGAGAAGCCGGAGUUCAAGAGCGGAGGCAAUGCCCGGACGCACGCCAGGAAACGCACCCGCUCCCGGUCGCGCUCGCCCGCCUCCUCUCCAAAGAGGAAGGACAGGCGGUCGCCCAAAGGCAGAGCCAGGAGCAGCUCACCCUCCCCAUCGCCGUCCCACAAGCCAGGCAAACCGCGAAGGGUCCGUGUAGACGAGCCGCCGCACGGCAAGCCCAGCCGAGAGGACCGCCUCCUGCCCAAGAAGAGCCAAUCGGAGAGCAGGAGGUCGAAGAGGCCGGCUGAGGACCGACACUCGACCGAGUCCAGAGACUCUCACUCGCCUCGAGGCCACGACGGCAGCGGCUGGAGGAGCGGCUGGGAGGAGAGCAAACAUCUGAAACUGUUGGACGACUCUCACGCGAAGCCUGGUCCGCCGAGACACAAACCUCACGGGACCCCGACUCGGCCCGCCACCCCCCGGACCCCGAAGCACCGCCUCAGUGUGGACGCCAACCUGCAGAUACCGGAAGUCCUCAACUCUGCCUCCAAGAAGGACCUGCUCCGGAGGGCCAGUAAGCGUCUGGAGAGCGGGGAGAUUUCCCAGGAGGAGUUCCUGAACAUGGCCCACCAGAUCAAACACUUCUUCCAGUACCAGGAGGAGAAGCAGCAGCGCUCGGAGAACUGGGACGGCGCUACCGACUUCCUCCCCAAGAAACAGCAGCCGCUGCUGGCUGCGCCCGUCUCCUCGCAGACGCGCCCACACAACACCAUGGACGCAGCAGAGCUGUCGUACUAUGAGCACAAGUCCAAGCUCAGGAAGACGCAGGUCACCCACCGGCUGGCCGGAGAGGAGUGGGAGAGUGAGGAGAAUCUGGAGGACGCCGACACUGCGGGACCGGACGAGAAGACGUGUGUCGGCCGCAGCGCCGGACAUCCGGUGCCACACAAGUACAGCCGGGCGCCGCGGGACAGACCAGUUGAACGGCGGAGUAAAGAGCGGGAAGAGUCGCGGCCUCCGCUCGGCCCCAUGAUCGAGGAAUACAAUCACGGCCAAGAGUUCCCCACUCUGAAGUCUUUGCCGGGCCUUCGCUUCAGGAGGAGAGCUGACCCCCGAGAGUCCAGUGAGAGAGAGUGGAACUCUCCGCUGACAGAGCGACAUCGCUUCGACGAGCGCGAGGAACAGAAGAGCGGGUACGACGCCCCGCGGAGGUACGCCGCCGCCUCUGUUGACCCUCGGAGGCCGGAAGGGGCCCCGCCCUCGGCCACGGUGGUCCACAGGAAGUGUCCGAGCCCAGCGGGCCUGGACGCCCCUGCUCCACGGUUCGAGCGCGAGCGUCUGUCGCCUCUACACCAGAAAGACCCGUCUGAGAUGAGCCCAGCUCCACGCUUCGAGAGCCCCAACAGCGAGCAUUCGGACGACGGGCCCCUCAACCCUGACGCAGCCCCUUCUCACGUUCUUCCUCCCCCCAAAUCCAUCCUCAAGCCGCCGGUCCGCAGCGGACCGCUGGCGUCUGUCCUGCAGCACAGCAGCUCCCCGGGACACACGCCCCCCCGAUAUGAGGGGCCCGAACACAUGGGCCCCCCCAGACCCCUCCCUCCCGGCUGGUACGAAGACUCGGCACAGUUCGACGGGCCUCACCACCAGGGGCCCGGCAGAUUCGACGGCGGCAGACCGCUUCAUCACAACUUACCAGAGAGGUUUGACGGCCCUGACGGCCCCCACAUGCCUCACGGCCCAAUGAGAGGCGGAGACGGAAUGGGCCGGUUUGACGGUCCCCCUCACCCUCAGGGCCCCGGGAGGUACGACGGUCCCAUGGGACAACAGCCCCCGGUGCAGUUUGUGGGGCCAAUGCAGCACUUUGACCCGCCACGAUGCUUUGACAACAACAUGGCUCCCGGUCCUGGACCAAUGGGCUUCCAGCAGCAGCGGCCCAUGCGCUUCGACGGCCCCCCGAACCAAAUGGGCCCAAUGAGGUUCGAAGGCCCCGGCCAGCUGGGUCCCAGGUUUGACAUGCCCAACGUAUCCCAUCAGGGGGGGCCCCCUCAUUUUGAGGGCCCCCCCAGGUUCACCCCCCAGCAUAGUUUGCAGCCUCCCAUGAGGCCGAUGGCCCCGUCCGUGUAUGACAACCCCAUGGCCCCUCAACAGAACUUCAACAUGGCCCCCCAGCCCAUGAACCCUCAGUUCCCUGCGGGGCCGAUGGCGUUCCCGGCGCAGCCGAACCUGCAGGCAGGAAGCUACAACAUGCAGCCGGCGCCGCCGUUCAGUCAGCCCGCCCCCUCCCCCUUCUACAACCCCGCUGCCCCCGCCGUCGGCAUGCAGCAGCCGGUGAACAUGAUGGGGAACAUGAAUGCACCCUUCCUCACGCAGAACCCUGGACCUUUCACGGCUCCGACGCCGCAGCUCGUCCCUCCAGAGAAUCACUUCGGUCAGGUCGACGUCAACGACCUGUUGACCAAACUCAUCUCCACCGGCAUCAUCAAGCCUUCGCUGCCAGACGCCGCGCCCACGCCCGGCAACGCAGAAACUUCGCCCGCUGCUCCAGCAGCAGCUCCUCCUCUGCCGGCGGAGGAGGAGGAAGAAGAGGAGCAGGAGGCAGAGGAGGAUGAAGACCAGGACCUCCCCGACCUCACCAGCUUCACCGUGGACGACAUGAAACUGCGCUACGAGAGUGUGGUGACGAAGCUGUACUCGGGGAACCAGUGUUGUCUCUGCAGCAUGAGGUUCACUGCCGCGCAGACCGACCUGUAUGCCGACCACCUGGACUGGCACUUCAGACAAAACCACGCCGGCAAGGUCGCCGGCAAGAAGAUCACACACCGCCGCUGGUACUACACACUCAGGGACUGGGUCGAGUUUGAGGAGAUCGCCGACCUGGAGGAGAGAGCCAAGAGUCACUUCUUCGAGAAGGAGAGCGAGGAGGAGGUGCAGAAGAGUCAGGCGGCGGCGAAGGAGAAAGAGUUCCAGAGCGUGAGGGCGACCAAGGACCAAGUGGGAGAGUCGUGUGAAAUCUGUCAGGAGCCGUUUGAGACGUACUGGGUGGAGGAGGAGGAGGACUGGUUCCUGAAGGACGCCGUCAGGGUCGACGACAAGAACUUUCAUCCUUCCUGUUUUGAAGAUUAUAAAAAUACGCAGUCGUACGUCGACGUCACGCCGUCGCCCAGCAAGGUUGUGAUGGACCACCCGCUGAGCGCCUUCAUCAAGACCGAGGAGGAGGAGGAAGCAGCUCCCUGUGCCAUCGCCGCUGCUGCAGCCGCCACCGCCGCCUCGGUCAAACAGGAAGUGGUGCCCGAGGCCGGCGAGCUCCUUGACGUGAAGAAAGAGGAGGAGGCGGAAAUUUUAACAGACGAUGUGCCAACAGAGGAGAGUGAAGUGUGACCUGCCGCUGCUCUCUGCCUCCGUCACCUCCUCCGUUUUUGCAGGAGCGGGUGUUUUAGCGAGCGGAGGCCGAGUCGGCGGCGGCAACGUCCUUGUCAAUACAUUUUUGUAUUUGGAUUCAACGCGACCAUUUCAGGUCGUCCGUGUGUGAGACUCCACCUUCUGUUUCCGUCGGCUCGAAGCUGUAAAUGAUUUAAUUUAUGAUUAAAGUAUUUUUUGUAUCUCUGGUGUAACGAUGAUUUAAUCAACAGCUGAUGUUUGCUUCCUGUUACGGUCUGUUCACACGUGGUCGAUCGGGUUAUUGAUUAGUUGCAGGUGUUGAGUUGCUUCUGGCCGCGUUAAAAGGUAAGCAUGGUCUGAUUGGACAAGCGGAGGCUCCGCCCACUUCUUCAGGAUCCGAGUCGUCAUCUUUAGUUUUUCUCUGAUCUUCAAUAAACGAGUCUGAAACUUU